AUGGAUCAACAGCGGCUGAUAACCGAGUUCUUUCAACCAAACUCUCCUACCAAACAAGACCAUGCAGCCCAAUACGGAAGUAAAGCGAGAAUUGCGCCGCCACGAAAAAGCGAAGCCGCAUCGCAUCACAAUAUCGAAAGUGGCACGUCCCAGCUCCUCACCCUCCCAGCCGAGCUCCGUCUCGAAAUCUAUCGCCAUCUUCUCAUCUCCAAGAACUACGCCGAACUUUACCACUGCAACUCUAAAAUCUCCCGUCUCGUCCCUAUACAACCAAUGAUGUGCCACCUCAAAAUCCACCCGAAAUUCUUACUGACUUGUCGGAUCAUCAAUAAAGAAGCUACCCCUGUCUUGUACUCGGAAAAUGUCUUUCGGAGGCGUUAUGUUUGGCCGAGCCGCUAUGUUGCUGAGCAAGUACGCAGGAUGUCGCCUUUGAACAAGUUCAAUGUCACUUAUAUCUCACGAUUACACCUUUUUCGAGAUUACAAUCACUGGUUUUGUGAUGGGGAGCUCAAGAUCUUCAAUGAGGUUCCGCAUCUGAAAGAUCUUUAUAUUCAAAUUGAUCUGAAUAACUUCCCUGACGGGGUCGACCUGAGCGAACUUCCAUAUCGGACCUUGAAAGCAAUCCCCCCAAAGCUUCGGUCCUUCAAAAUGGAAAUCCUUCUUAAUUUCAGCGAAGAAGCACAUUCAGACUGGCUAGCCAAAUGCGGCAAAGACCGCAAGACGGAGAACUUCAGUAUUCAUCUGGACAGGAAACGUGCGCUGGAGACACGGUUAGAACACGAGGGGUUGUUUACUGAUAGAUCACUUUUCUGGACUUUCAAAACGAUGCGCCACGAGUGGGGCGUGUUGCCGUGUUCCAUCAGUUUUGCUUUUGAUAACAAGCGCAAGGAGUAUGAGUAUAUCGAUUUAGAAGCCUGGGAUCAUGGUGGUAACGCCAAGUUUGGGCGGUUGAAGACUUCGGAGGAGAAUGCGAGUUCGUUGGUUUUAAGGGAAUAA